AUGGCAAGUGCCUAUCAGGGAGGCAACUUGGGAACAGCCCCCUCCCUCGGCCGGCCUGAGCCCCCUCGAGUCUCGCAGCGGCACUCUCUUGACUACGAUUCGAUGCGCCCUCAUUCAGGAUCAAAUGCUCAGAACUUUUACGCAAACCAACGGCAACAUCCCAGAGCAAACGACAAUGAGCAAUUAAUGCAGGCAAAGCGACGUAUGGCAGCUCAACGGGAGCGGGAGCUUCGCAAUUACCACCAAGAGCAACAAUACAGUAAGGGCUCAACCGUACAAGCUAGCUCUGACGGGGCGACAAGUCCUAGUGGUAUGAAUGAAGACGACCGCCGAGAGCUGAUCGCUCGCCAACAUCGUGCACUCUACGGCAACGAUGGACCAUAUUACGAACAGGAUAAUCAUACUCCAAGACCCGCGAAUCCCACAUCUGGUCAUCCAAGCUCAGCUGGUGGGAGAGGUCCAUCACCGCGUACUUACGACCCCUUCAGUUUAGGGCAAGGGCAAGGACAGCAUGGUCAAGAUGACGCUGGGCAGCUAAAUCCUAGUGAGCAAGCUCAGCAGGGUCCUAAGGGACCGUCUCCGAAACCUCAACCUGGGAGCUCGCAUGAGAAUAGCACCGCUUCACCGGCGUCGAACCCCCCGAGUCAAAAUUUUAGCUUGUUCGAGGGUACAGCCCAGCAGUCCAGCCGCACAUCGACAUCUUCCCCUGGCGGCUCUCCGCCACGUCAAGGGAAGGCUUCUGGUCCCGGUGUUGCACCGAUCGGCACGCGUCCUACACAAGCCAGCAACCCAGCGCUUGCCAACAAGCGAUCGGGGACUCCCUCUCAAUCCCCGUUGAGCCAUGGCUUCUCUGCGACUAAUGACAACUUGAAACCACGUGGUGGCGGUAACGAAAGGUCUACUUCAUCCGCAUCAAAUCCAUCUGGUGGUGCAUCCAAGGAGCCAACGACAAGCGCCUGGGGUUCAUCCAGCGGAGUUUGGGGAACAAGCGGAAACAACAAUAAAUCAGUUGGUGCUGUUUGGGGUUAG